AUCUUACUAAAUUCUAUCUCGUUAACUAUAUUUCAGCUCUCCCAAAUUUCCCUUUGCUAUUAAUCUUGUAACUACAAAUAUAGUAAGAUACAGAUUUAAGUGCCUGUUCUUUAUAAUUAUCAAGAAUGGCUUCCACAAAGAAAUUGUCGAUUUUUUACUUGCUUAUGCUUGUUUCUUCAUUAUCUUUAUCGAAUGCAACAUUCAUAAGCCAGCAAGCCCGGAGAAUGUACGUGGAUGCCUCAUUGUUCAUGUUCCGAAAUUGUCAGUUCGAAAAGAUUUAUCAGUUCGGAGAUUCCAUGUCUGAUACUGGAAAUAUCGUUAUUGAGAAUCACAAAAAGGAAGCUUCAAAUAGACUGCCCUAUGGUGAAACUUUCUUUGGGAGACCUACUGGUCGCAACUCAAAUGGUUUACUCAUGAUCGACUACAUUGCAUGGGCGGCUGGUCUUUCGUUGUUGAAUCCGUUCAAUGACAAAAAGGCCAAUUUUGACUCUGGAGUCAAUUUCGCGGUAGCUGGUUCAACUGCAACUUCAGUUGAGAAAUUGGAAGCCCAACACAUUCCUGGGAAUAUCACGACUACUCAUUCUCUCGAUGUCCAAGUUAGAUGGAUGGACGAAUAUCUUGCCAAAUUUUGCAAAGGCGAUGCAGAUUGCGGUGAUAAGCUUAAGAAUUCUUUGUUCAUGGUGGGAGAGACGGGGGGAAAUGACUACAAUUAUGCUCUGAUGGCGAGGAAAACUAUCAAAGAAAUUAAAGCCACUGUGUCACAGGAGGUGGUAGACACCAUAAUAAAUGGUACAAGGAGACUAAUUAGUCGUGGGGCACGGAAGUUGAUUGUACCUGGGAAUUUCCCAGUAGGCUGUUUACCGAUUUACCUAACUCUUUUCCAAACCAAAAACUCGACGUUUGAUGAGCAUGGUUGCUUGAAGGAGUACAAUGAACUUUCCAUGUACCACAAUACGAAGCUAAAAGAUGCACUAGAUCAGUUGCAAGAAGAAGCCCCGUACACGACUAUAGUAUAUGGAGAUUACUACAAUGCCUAUCUGUGGGUUUACACACAUGCGAAAGAUCUAGGUUUUAAAUCAUUGCAAAAGGCUUGUUGUGGAAUUGGCGGUAAAUAUAAUGUGGGGUUUGGAAAAAUGUGUGGUGACCCGGGUGUUCCGGUGUGCCCUGAUCCAAAUAAUCACCUGAACUGGGAUGGUGUUCAUCCGACACAACAAACAAAUAUGUUUCUGGCGACUUGGCUCAUCACUAACAUGUUACCUUCUUUAGAUUGUUAUUAAUUUGCAACUUUUCUUGUUAUGCACUAAUAAAUUUAGAUGUUAGGAGGUUAGUGGUUCUGAUUUUCCAGCUCUUGUAUUCUAUCUAGUAUAUCGAUGGAGAUUUUUAGUUGUUACUUGUUAGCUCAAUCCCACUGCUAGAUGUGGUUGGUUUGUUUUAUCUUCCAGGAGUUGAACAUUUUGUUUCUGAAUCUUUAUCUAUCAAUCAGGAGGAGUUGAACAUUUUGUUUCUGAAUUUGAGAUUAGAAAAUGUUCUUGAGUUAGCAUUUUA